GCAGGACCGCAAACAAAAUAUUUCAAAUUCUGAAAGCAGUCGGUCCGACUGCAGUGAAGUGGAAUCGGAGCUGAAACACCCCAAGAGCUAGAAAGACUGUGGACCGGCACUGAGUUAAGAGGUUAAGAGGAUACCCGUGUAGUUUUGUCAAACACAUCAUAUUGCGAUUUCUGAAGCUGAGCCACUUCCCUUUUCACUUUUAGGAGCGCAGUGAGCAGCUUUUAAUUCAUGCUAUCUUUUUCCUCGGGGACAGGACUGUGGUGUAUGUUGCCUAGCUAUUAUAAGUUAAAUGGUAUUUUGGAUACCUUAGCAUUGAGAAAAUAAAUAUUGGAGCACCUGACCAGUCGCACAUCGGAAAAACAAUACAUGAGAGGACUGUUAUGAAGAGAUAUUUAGAAAGGACAUGCAAAGGCUGUCAACGCUUUGAAGUUGGAAACCCGACCGCAAUCUCUGACCGAAUUUCAAUAGGCCCACUGAAUUAAUUACUGGAUACCGCGGACGGAACCUGUGAUGUUCGUUUUAUUUACAUGGAGAACAAGAGUUAUUUACAUGUAGGCUAUUAUUAAAACCACGCAAAACGCAGUAACCUGGAAAGUCCAUUCACCGGAAUAUAUAUAUCGGUGUAAUACAGACGGAAAUAAACUACUACGGAUCUACAUGAUACAACAAAUAUUUCCGAAGAGACGUUUGAAUUUCCUCUGAAAUGUACUGACAUCGAUCAAACCAAAGAUAUCUCGAUAAGAUAAUGACCGGUAAUUUAGAGGCUGCGUUAAGAAAUAAAUGAACAUUUUACGCAAACACUUUAUUGGGACUUCAGAGUUGAGAAAAUGCAUAACGAUAAGUAACUGACUGUUGGUGUUUCAUGUGUGCAAGAUUCAUUCCGAAAGUGGUGUGAUAUCCUCUCUUGUGAGGAUUAAGCAUCCGUACUCCGGUACCGGAGGCAUCUCGUGGUAACCCGGUAGCUGCGGGGGGGCAGGAGUGCAGUUUGGAGAUAUCAGCAAAUAAACGCACAGAAAGAUGUGGCUGCGAAUUCUUCCCCAGGUGUUGACCAUCUGUGCUGUGGUGAUCUCCGAGACAACGGCUGACCUGACCUGUGAUACACUGCUCCUGCUGUCCACCAAUCUCACUGCACGUACGUUGGCACUGUGGAAUCUGACCCUCACGCCCAGCAAUGUCACCGGCGGCCUGUUCUGUAACAUGUCCAUCGAUCCCAUCGGUACCUGCUGGCCCAAGAGCACUGCAGGGGAGUGGGUGUCACGGCCAUGCCCAGAGAUGUUCUAUGGCGUCAAAUACAACACCACCAACAAUGUGUACAGAGAAUGCCUUUCCAAUGGGUCUUGGGCCGUGAAAGGCAACUACACCCAGUGUCAAGAGAUUCUCAAUGAGAAAAAGAGCAAGCUGCACUACCACAUAGCGGUGAUCAUAAACUACAUGGGACAUUGUAUCUCUCUGGCAGCCCUGCUGGUGGCCUUCAUCCUCUUUAUGAGGCUGAGGAGUAUCCGCUGCUUGAGGAACAUCAUCCACUGGAACCUGAUCACAGCUUUCAUCCUGAGGAAUGCCACUUGGUUCGUCGUACAGCUCACCAUGAACCCCGAGGUGCAUGAGAGCAAUGUGUUGUGGUGCCGGCUUGUCACGGCAGCCUAUAAUUAUUUCCACGUGACAAACUUCUUCUGGAUGUUUGGGGAGGGCUGCUACCUGCAUACAGCCAUCGUGCUCACCUAUUCCACGGACAAGCUACGCAAGUGGAUGUUCAUCUGCAUCGGGUGGUGUAUCCCUCUUCCAAUCAUCAUUGCGUGGGCCAUUGGCAAGCUUUACUACGACAACGAAAAGUGCUGGUUUGGGAAGAAGGCAGGAGUGUACACAGAUUACAUCUACCAGGGCCCAAUGAUCCUGGUGUUGCUGAUCAACUUUAUAUUCCUCUUCAACAUUGUGAGAAUCCUCAUGACAAAGCUGAGAGCCUCCACCACCUCAGAGACAAUACAGUACAGGAAAGCGGUGAAGGCCACUCUGGUGCUGCUGCCACUUCUGGGCAUCACCUACAUGCUAUUUUUUGUCAACCCGGGAGGGGAGGAUGAGGUCGCCCAAAUAGUCUUCAUCUACUUCAACUCCAUCCUGGAGUCUUUUCAGGGCUUUUUCGUGUCAGUGUUUUACUGCUUCCUGAACAGCGAGGUGCGUUCUGCGGUGAGGAAGAGAUGGCACCGCUGGCAGGACAAACAUUCAAUCAGGGCUCGGGUGGCGCGUGCCAUGUCCAUCCCCACGUCGCCCACACGGGUCAGCUUCCACAGCAUCAAGCAGUCCUCUGCCGUGUGAGGACCAACAACACUCUGCUCUGACUGAACGCCCCCGUCUCACCUCUCACUGGCAAACACCCCUCCAACAGGUCCCCCACAGAGCACCUCUUUCCCCUCUUCUCUCCAAACCAACCGAGGGAAACAGCUACCGUGAUGGUUCACGCAGGGUACACUUGGUCUGUAAACACAGACCUCACAUACCCCCUCCCAGGGAGCAGUGACCUCUGUAGUCUCUCGCCUGCUGAUACAUUGAGGUACGUUCACUCAGUGCGUUCCUCUGAAAGCUACAGAGGGUCAGGAUGACAAUGGCCAAACAGAGAAAUGUCAGGAGCUGACUUUUUGCCAAAAGGUAGCACAGGGAACUAUUACAAUCCCUGUGGCAUUGGCAGAUUCAGUUGAGAGGUGACUUUUGAUGUCAAAUACAUACAGUGGGGAGAACAAGUAUUUGAUACA